AUGGCGGACGACUGGCCCCUGGCGAUCGCCCACGGUCGCGUGGCCUACUGCGCGUUCCGCGCCACGUCGGUGACCGUCGCCGCGGUCGACGGGGACGAGGUUCGCGUCGUCGCGCUCGGCGCGGUGCCCGAGGUGCCCUGCGCGUCCGUCGAGGCCUGCGACGUCGCCUGGGUCGGGCGGCGGCUCGUCGUCUGCGCGAGCGACGGCACCGUGCGGUGCUUCGACGGCGACGCCUGCAACCCGACGGCCUGCGUCCGCGUCGCGGCGUCCGCCGGGCGCCUGUCGGCCGCGCCGGGCGCGUCCGAGGCCGUCUUCCGCGCGCGGCCGGGGCUGGCGACGUUCCUGGCCUUCGACGGCGGCGGCGCGCCGCGCGUGAGCCACCACAAGGUCGCGGCGCCGGAGCCGGCGGCCCUCGCGGCGUCGCGCGGCGGCAAAGCUUUAGGAGUCGGCUCUCGGCCGACGGUCGCCGAGUACGCGCUGGCGGACCCGCCGCCGUCGGGCCUGCUGCGCGCCGCCGCCGGCGCCCUCCUCGGCUGGCUCGCGCCGGGCGCGCGGGCGCCCCGGGGCGACGGGAACGCGCGCGACGGCUUCGCGGACCGGCGGCCCUACGAGGACCGCGAGGGCCCGCGCGAGGGCGCGCGGCGCGAGGGCGAGCGCCACGGCCGCGCGGCGCGGUCGCGCGUCUUCUUCGACGACGCGGGCCGCGAGGCCCACGGCGUCGCCGUGUCGCCGCGCGGCGACCUCGCGGCCGUGAGCGACAACCUCGGCCGCGUGCUCCUCGUCGACGUCGCGGCGGGGCGACUCGUGCGGCUCUUCAAGGGCGCGCGCCGCGCCCAGGUCGCCUGGGUCGAGGUCGACGACGGCGACGGCGCGAAAACGCCGGGCCUCUACCUCGCGAUUUUAGCGCCGCAGCGGGCCCUCGCGCGCGUCUGGCGGUGCCGCUUCGGCCCGUGCGUCGCGGCGUUCCGCGUCCCGCCGGAGCUGACGCGCCUCGUCGAGGCGCGGGGCGCGGACGGCCGCGCCGUCGCCUACGUCGCCGGCGGGCCGGCGGACCUCGUCCUCGAGCCGCUCGCCGUGGACGCGGCGCGGUGCGCGGCGGUGGCCGCCGCCGCGCGGCGCGACCUCGCGACGGCGGGCGCCGAGGCGCGCGCGAAGCGCGCGCUCGCGGCCGCGGACAAACGCGGCGACGCGUCGGACGCCGCGGCGCAGCUCGGCCGCCUCGACGGCGACGACGGCGCUUUGGCGCGCGUCGUGGACGACGCGUGCCGGUCCUGCGGCUCGCCGGCGGUCGUCGCGUCGCUCCUGGCGCACCUCGCGCGGCGCGGCGACGCCCUGGGCGCCAAGGCCGCGGCGCUCGCGGCGACGGAGCGCGACGCGCCGCUCCCGGCGUGGCCCGCGCGCGACGCGCCGCCGCUGCGGCCGGCGCCGGCGCCGGCCGCGGCGGCGCCCGAGGCGCCCGCGUGCCGGACCGUGCGCCCGUCGGGCCGGCGCCUCGCCGCGGGCCGGGAGCGCUGGCGGCGCGAGGAGGCGGACUGGCGCCGCGCCGAGGCCGAGCGGCGCCGCGCCGAGGCGGAGCGGCGGGGCAUGGCCGCGGAGGAACGGCGGACGCCGCCGCCGGCGCCGCCGCCGGCGCCGGACUACUCCUCCGACUCGUCGGCGACGUCCGUGUCCUCGCUCGGCUCCGCGGACCUCGAGGCCGCCGUGUCGCGCGGCGACGCGGCGGCGAUCGCGGCGCGGCGCCGGCCGCCGCGCGCGGCGCUCUUCGUCGCCGCCGCGCGCCGCGGCGACGCGCGCGUCCUCCGCGCGCUGCUCCGGGCGCCGCGCGGCGGCGCCGUCGGCGCGACCGUCGACGGCGCGACGGCGCUGCACGCGGCGGCGGGCGCGCGCUGCGCCGAGUGCGUCGCCGCGCUGCUCGGCGCCGGCGCGGACGUUUUCGCGCGCGACCGCCGCAACGAGACGCCGCUCCACCGCUGCUGCGCGGGCCCGCCGGACGACGACGCCGCGGACGUCGCGCGGCUCCUGAGCCGCCAUCCGCCGCGAGGCGCGCGCCGCUGGCGGCUCCUCGACGCGCGCGAGAAGGCCGGGGGCUGGACGGCGCUCCGCGUCGCCGUCGAGGCGCGGCGCGCGCGUUUAGACGGCGACGCGGGCCUCGAGGUCGUCGACGCGCUGAUCGAGGCCGGCGCGUCGCCCGCGGUACCGGACGCGCGGGGCCGGUCGCCGCUCGCCGUCGCCGCGGCCGAGGGCGACGCGGCCCUCGCGGUCGCGCUCUGCGACGGCUCGCUGCGGCCCUUCGCCAGGGCCGAGGAGAGCCCCGCGGGGCCGCUGCCGCUCCAGGAGGCCGUGCGGUCCGGCGACGCCGCGACCGUGGACGCGCUCGCGGCGAGCGGCCGCGUCGACCUCGACGCGCGCGAGCGCGGCGGCGACAUGGACACGGCCCUCACGGCGGCCGCGCGCGCGGGCCGCGACGAAGCGGUGCGCGUUUUGGUCGACCGCGGCGCGGACGUCUUCCGCGCGAACGGCCGCCAGCGGACGCCGCUCUUCCUCGCGCUCUCGCUCCUGCCCGAGGGCGACGGCCCCGCGCCGACCGUCGAGGUCCUCGCGCGCGCGGCCCUCGCGAAGCGCGCGGCCCGCCCGCGGGCCGGGGGCGCGUCCUUCUUCGCGACGCCGCUCUGCCCGGCGUCGUCGCGGACGCCGCUGCAGCACGCGCUCCGCUGCGGCCGCGCGCGAGCGGCCGCGCUCUUCGUGGGCCUCGGCGCGCCCGUCGACGUCCGCGCGGUCCUCGCGGGCGCCGACGCGGCCGAGGUCGAGUGGGAUCGGCUGUCGGCCGACGGCGUCCUGAGCGGGAGCGCGCGCGACCUCCGGGCGACCAUGGCCGCGCUCCUCGCGGCCACGGACGCCGGCGACGGCGACGUCGACGUCGAGCUCGACGGCGGCGCGGACCUGCCGGCGCACGCCUUCGUGCUCGAGGCGCGGUCCAUGGGCGGCCCCUGGCGCGGCGUCGGCCGCGAGGCCGCGGUCGCCGCGCGCGAGUACGCGUACACGGACGCCGUCGACGGCGUCGACGUCGUCAACGCGGAUCAGAUCCACGCGCGGCCGUGCAAAUACGGCGACGCCGCGCUCCUCGAACUGCUGUCGCUCGCGCGGCGCCUCGGCCGCGAGCGCGAGGACCUCGCCUACGUCGCGUGGGCGCGCCUCGUCGCCCGGGGCGUCGGGGCGGCGAAGCUCGGGAAGCGGCCGUGCUCUCACGGGUCGCCCCUCCUCCAGGACCUGUGGAGGCACGCGAGGCGGCACGGCAUUCCCGUGUCGAGCCGCGGCGACGUCGUCGGCCGCGCGCACGCGCCGAUCCUCGCGGAGUGCCUACCCUUCGUCGGCGGCCUGCUGCGCUUCGGGGCGGGCGACGCCGUCGACGUCGGCGUCGACGCCGUGUCGCUCAAGCAGGCCCUGCAGUACGCCUACGGCUGGGGCCCGGUGCCCCAGCUGGGCCCGGCCGCGCUCCUCAAACUUGUCAGAGCCGCCGACCUCUUUUGCUGCGCGGGUCUCCGGGACGAGGCCGCGGCGCUCCUCGCGCGAUGGGUCGCCGGCCUCGAGACGGAGCACGGAGCCCGGGACAAGUUCGGGCCGCGGAUUCCGGACGUCGACCUCGCCGUGCGCUGCCUCGACGUCGCCGCGACGUUCGACCUGCCCCUCCUGCGGCGCACCUGCGCCCGCGUCGUCCUCGAGAGCCUCGACCGGCUCGGCGACGUCGACCUCGGCGGCGUCUCGCGGGCCGACCUCGUCUGCCUGGCGCUCACGGGGAUCAGCGCGGUUGCAGCACGUUAG